CGUAAUUUUACAGUCAUGUGAGCUGCAUUUAGACUAAAAUAAUAUUACAUUCAUUGUAUUUUUGCACAUCCUGUCUUGUAAAAACCUCAAUGGCAUAUGCAUUGCAUGAGAGCGAGAGGGCGUUGUAUAUUUCCACUGGAACAUGGGAACCGCUAUUUGUGUUGGUCGAUAUACCAAAGGGUCAUAGUUUGCUGACUACAACAUAUAGUGCAGGAGGACAAGGUCAAAAGUGGUUGGUGGUUGUCGGGUAUGUGCGCCUUUGCCCUCCUAGGCAGUCAGAACCAGCUUGCCAUGUGAAGAAUGCUAAUGAAUAAUUGAAGCACAUGCAGCAUAUGAUCAGCAUGCUCUGGAACAAUGAGGCUUCUCUCCAACACUGCUAUUUUAUUGGUCAAUGCUAUCUGGAUAAUACUACAAAUUCCUGAUUGCUUACAGAGUUAUGUCUAUUCCAGGGAGAGCUGGGGUUAUUGUAUGGACCACUGCAGUAGCUAAACUAUGGGUUUCCUGUGAUGGUGUUGAUCAGCUUGUCACAAUGGCCUGUCCUCACAUCCAUAGAUCUGGAGAUUGAAAAAUGAUUUUGCUCAGAGCACAUGAAACUGUGUAUAUUGUAGGUGAGUGAUGGAGACGAGAGAGUUGACUGUGGUGGCUGGCAGCUUCGUGGGGUUUCAGCUGCUCUUCUCUGUGGCCAGCCCACUGUUCUCCUCAACCUUCACCCCUGGUUACGGCCGCCUGCCCUCCACCAAGCUCACUGAGUGGAACUCCAGAUUGGUGUCCACUGUCCAUGCUCUGAUCGUGGGCCUCUUCUGUCUCUACAUCCUGUGGUUUGAUGAUGCUGUCAACGCAGACCCAGUCUGGGGGGAGCCUGGACUAGUGAAACUUAAUGUGGCCAUAACAUGUGGUUAUUUGCUCUAUGACCUUGUGCUUCUGGCCACUAACUGGAGCACAAUGGGGGACAGCUUUUUUGUCUGCCACCACUUGGCGGCGCUCUAUGCAUAUGGAUAUGUCUUGUCUCGUGGCGUGCUUCCCUAUUUCGCCAACUUCCGUCUCAUUUCAGAGUUAUCCACACCUUUUGUGAACCAAAGGUGGUUCUACGAGGUGCUGAAGUACCCUCGCUCGGACCGCUUGGUUGUGGCCAACGGCAUGGCCAUGGCAGUGGUCUUCUUCAUGGUGCGCAUCUUCGUCAUGCCUCCCUACUGGGCCCGGGUGUUUGCCACCUUCGGAACGGAGGCCUUUGAGCGCUUGGGCACCGGUGCUCAGGUGGCCUGGAUCACAUCCUGUAUCGCCCUGGACAUCCUCAACACCAUCUGGAUGUACAAAAUCGCCCGCGGAUGCUACAAGGUCAUGAUGGGCGCCCGUGGCAGGAAGGCCAAAGAGGUCUCCCCACUCAAGCAGAACCAUGUGAAUAACCACACAGAUUAAGAGAUACUGGCCGGAGGGGGGGGGUAGACAGACUCUGUGGAAGGGAGACAGGAAGGACUUCAAGGGCUCUUAUAGCCCCUGCUAGCUCCAGCCUUGCUAUUAUCGCCAUACCUGGAAAUCAUGCAGCCGAAUGCUGUCAGGUCCUCAUCCGAUUCAGCCUUGCAGAAUGAGACUGGUCCCACACUAGCUUCUGUACCUCAGUGUUUCAUCAAUGGUAUGGUGGUACCCUGGCUGGGUUUGGUUGGAGAUGACAGAGUAGCUGUUAAGUACACUCAUUAUUGUUCACGUUCAACCCAAACUCAGUCAUCUGAAGUGCCUGUGAUGGACAGGUAGAAAGCAAUAAAAGAAACCGUACUCUAGCUCUGUCAGACUCCCUCGGCCAUCAUCCUUUACCCUUUUAAGUUCCCUGACCCGUCCACCCAGAGGGGAGCCUCCUGCUUUGCCCUCAGAAUAAGGACCUCUUAGUGUGCUAGUUUGACAGACCGAGACACCACAAUGCCUCUUACUGCAUUUGCUGAUGGCCUCCUUUUUAUGAACACCACCUACAUCGCCAGCAGACCGGUCCCCCGCUCACCGCAACAGUUCAGAUUGAAUCACUACUGGAUUUCCCAUCCACAGCCUGGAUGCACAUCCAGGGGAAAUGGAGACGGGGAUGUGGGGAUUGGAUGCUACCGCCAACUCUCCGGAAUCAUGUUUUUCAUUGGACGCUUUUGCCUCAUCUCGUCCAGGGUCUGGAUGUGCUCUGUUUGGGUCUCAGUUAUCCCAUUUGUUCCUCCUGUUACUCAACAUCAAAACCAGGAAUUGACAUCAAUGCGUCUUAACUUCACUACACUAUCAUAACCCUCUGUCACAGCGGAGUGGUUAAAUCCAUCCAGUUUGAUGCUUCUGUUCUACCUCUCCCCUGCCUUUAUAAAGACGUGUCAGUCCCUCCAUAUGAGAAUAAUCACAAUGAGUUGUUUUCUCCUUCUGUAAAGAUGUUUUAGCCUUUGAAAAGAUCUCAUCCAUUAUCUCUAGUGGACUGGAAAGGACAUUUUCUCUGGAGAUUUUCCCAGCCACUGCAGUGUAACACUACUGUUAGACACUAGAACAAGUGUUGUGUUUAUCUAAGGUACCUCUGGGGAUUUUAACUUCCAUUUUUCUCUAUUUUCUGUGUUCUAUUGAGAACUGAAUUUGGAACAAGAGCGGGUUCCUUUAGGGGGGAAACAUUCUCCUGUUUUAGGUGCUGUUCUGCCUACAGAGUGGCAGCCAUAGGAAUGCUGGAAAUGUGAUGUUCCCAAUCGUUUCUUUAGAUAUUCAUGUAAGAUCAAUUAUAAAUGACCUAUCUGACAAGAACAGCCAUACGCUGGCAAUGUGGUACUAUAUGUGUAGCCAUGUAAAGUCCUACUGUAUUACUCAGUUGGAAAUCUUCCUUUCAAAUCAAGUUGAUUUGAUUGAUUCAAAUCACAGAGCUUGUUAAGGAAACGUUGGAUUAUGAUGAUUUAUACUCUAGUUUGGAUCACUAAACAGGAUAAAUAUGAAUUGCAUUAAUCUAUGGGUUCCUCUGCACUUCAUUUUAAUCAGUGUAUUUUAUGUUUUUCACCCAGCUGUAUUGAGUGCAUGUUAAGUGUUUUGUUUUCUGUCCUCCUCCUGUCCCUAAAGCGUUGACGUCGUUUGGGACGGGGGGUCUGAAAUGUUAGACUUUUCACUGUGGAAUGAAAGCACACUCCCCAUGGUGGAGCAAUAACCUUUUGAGCCCCUCCAUGUACCACCUAGGAGGGUUGUAUUGUCGUGCCUUUACGCAAACAGGAAAUCUAUUGCAGUCCGGUCGAGAUUAGCAUGACAUUUUAAUGUAAAACUGCUGUUUGUUUUCCUUUUUUUCUCGCUAUUGUAAUCUCUUCUCUCUAUGGAUACUGUCAUGUAUAUAUUUUUGUACCCUGCACAAUAAUGAAUCCAGACCAGUAUUCUCCAAAGUUGACCCCUCUGAAGGGCCUGCUUGUUUUUCUUCUGAAUACGGGAGCGGGCCCCGCUAUAAAUGUUGUGGUGGUUUUAGUGGCAUUAGGAGGAGUGGGAAGUGGCUUAGAGGCUGCUGGUUAUGACCAGAAUGAAGAUGAGAUUGGAAAUGUAAUUAUUGUUGUGUAGUUAUUCAGCUACUUCAGCUUGGUUGAGAAGCUAGUGAGAUUCAGCUCACUCUUUUCACCCAGUCCUCCAAUACGUCAAGCUGUGAAUAGAGCAACAUGUUUAUCAUUCAUCAGUCAAGAAAACAACUGAGUACAUGUGUAGCCUGAUGAUGAGAUUACUGGUGCGCCAGUAGGCUGUGGUGCACAUUUAAGUCUGCUUCGGAUGCUUGUGAGAGAGGCUGUACUUCUGCACAAUGUCCAAUGUUUGUACAAACUAUUAGUUGGAUGUGUAGUGUUUGUCACUUGACUUCAGUGUGUCUGUGGUGUGUUGAAUUGCAAUGUAGACCUCUGGGUGAUUUUUAAAAUAGUUAACGUUUUGGUUUUUGGAAAUUAGGAAGUGACACAGAGGUUUAUGUAACAUCAUGCCCGAGUGUACUUGUAUCCGCAAGAAAUAACCGUGUGGCCUUCCAUCCCUUUUUGGAAGGCUAACAUUGUGUAUUAAGAGAAGGUACAGAGGGUCUCAGGCCCUGGUGAGAAAUGAGGACAUGUUGUAGCUCCUGGAAGAACUGGUAGAACCGUUGCAUUUAUUUCAGCUGCAUUUCAUCUCUUUUGAUCUCUUUUGUAAGGUUGAACUUAGCAGCGUCUCAAGACUUUUAGCCAUUUGAUACUAAAUGUCAUGGAUUAGCCAGUAAAUAACCUUUGACUGAAUCAAUGAAUUCUUGCCCCAGCUUUUUGUGGACUCUCUCUCGGGUAGUCCUGCUUCACCUGUGGAGCAGAUCUGUAGACCGCAGCAGUCGCAUCCUUUCAGUCACAAGGAGGUGCGGAGAUGGAACAAAUUAAGUCAAGAAAAUAACUAAUAUUCAUGAUGGCGAUGAAACGAGUGAACAUGAACUAAUGAGGAAAAAAAGCAUAGAUCAAAUGUUGCCAGUGGAUUUUUGGUUGUUUUUUUUAUUUCUUAUUUUAAUGCAAUGGCAUUUAUUGUUUAUUUUCUGAAUAUUUUAAUGUGAAAAGAACAAUACACGGGCCUUAGGGUCCCUGUCUCAACACCAUGUGAUUUAGAUUGUCUACAAUGACCACUACUAAUGAUGUUGUUGUAGCACUGAAAGUUGAGACUUACUUGAAAGUUUUGCUCUUCAAUAAAUUUGAAGACAGAAAAAGCAA